CUGGUGUUGUUGCCAUUUUCCACACCGAGAUUGUCGACAGCAUGGGAGUCCUGGACGCAUUGCGCAAGUACCAGAUCCUCGCGACGUCGUCCGCGGCCUCCGUCCCGCUCCCGGAUGUGAAUCCGGAAGACCUGUCCUCUAACUCGUUGGUGGAGGCCGUGGAAGCCAUCGAGAAGGCUCGCAAGGCGCUGCCGAACCCUGGCCUCUACGAGAACAUUCUCGGCGAAGUCAAGUCGGUGUUGAUGCCUGGGACGUUCGAAGGGUUUCGUUUUGACCUGCAGCGCGGGUUGGGCCAGCGCUUCGCGGUCAACCAUGCGCUUCUCCUCGGCAACCCCAUGAUUCCAGGCGGCGUGUACCAAUUCGGCGCGACGUGCGUCCUUGGGGAUGGACCCGACCCGAUGCUUCUCCGCGGCAACGUCUCCCACGACGGGUCGGUGGACGCGCGAUGGCACUUGAAGCUCAGCAACGCGUUGAAGAUGCGCGCCCAGGCGCAACUCAAGCAGGAAGCGCAUGCCUCGCAAGCGAUGGUCGACGUAGACUAUGUCGGGGACGACUUUACCGCCAACGUCAAGGUCGCGAACGGCCUCUUGUUGGGCGUGAGCUAUCUGCAGAGCGUGACGCGGCAACUCGCGAUCGGCGGCGAAGGAUAUUACUAUGGCAAGCACCGCAAGACAAUUGCAUCAUAUGUAGCGAAGUACAACGACCCCGCCGGCAAAUGGAGCACCAUCGGCACGUAUGGAAGCCAAGGCACGUACCAGCUACACUACCUGCGCAAAGUAUCGGAGCGGGUGCGACUGGCUACUGAACUGGUGUAUAACCACGCCAAUGGCGAAGCCCAGUCAACACUGGGUGUGGAAGUGGAUCUCCGACAGACUCGCUUUGUGAGCAGCUUGGACCAAACUUUCAAGCUGGCCACGGCGUUGGAGUGCAAGGUAUUGCCCCAGCUCAUGCUGCUGCUGGCUGUGGAAGGCACGCCAGCGAACGACGAUCUCAAGUUUGGCUACGGGUUUCAGUUUUACAUGUAGAUUUUAACCAUGAAAGAGAAACAAGACGAAAUGAGAUAGACAA